AUGUCUCGUAUUCAGCCUCUAGAUGCUGGAAUUAUUAUGUUCUUUAAACGUCACUACAAAACCAAAGCAUGGAAGAAAGUAUUAUCAAAAACAGUACAUAAUUGCUUUCAAAAUACUGGAAUCCUUCCAGUUAACCCAGAUAAUGAUGAUGAUAGCAACGACGAUGAUAUUGAAAUACUUAACAUUAAUGAUGGUGAUGUUGAAUUGAUCAAAGAAUUACAGGAAUCAGAAAUACAUGAAGUGUUAAGUAGCCAAGAAAUAGUAAAUCUAACUACUAACCCAGAACUUGAGGAGGAUAAAAGUGAUAAGAACAAUGACAGUACAGAAAUUCAAAACAUGAUAAAGCAUUGUCAAGCUUACAAAAAGCAAUUAGAAAAUUAUGAAGUUCAGCUUUCAGACAA